GCUUUUUUCUGGUCAUGCUGUUGCUGACAUAUCAUGCUAGCUAGUAGCGCCUGAUUUUGAUUUUCUGGCCCUCCCCCUCGCGUGUAGUUGCGCCUGUGCCUCUCGUCGAAGACACGGAGAAAAAGUCGCUGAGAAGCGAUAAGAAAGUAUCUAUCGCAAUUCACGAUGUAAGUAAAUCUAUUCGUGAAUGUGUGGCUCCAAUUAUAGCAGCUUGAGAAUCUUCCAGUCAACAUACUGAACGUGAACGAUAUGAAGAGUCUUCAUUUCAGAGUCACAACCUCAGAGACUAUAUCUUCGAAGCGAUAAACCGCUAUUCGUUCUCCUUACAAGAAAGAAAGGACCGCCUUCUAAGUGGUUCAGGUAGUUCAUCUGAGCACGACAUUUGACAAGUGUAAAGUCCGUCUCCUGGAGGUUUCGCGGGAGCGCUACGUCACUACCUGAUUAAUCGCCAGAUACGAAGGAAGUAGUUCCUGCUCGCAGUUGAAAUAUUCCACCUCUAUCAUACAUUGAUAAUCACGUGCACGCCACCUUCCCAGGGCUUCCAACUCUCUCAGCAGCACAAGUGCGGACCGGCACGAGAUGCGGGCCCUCUUGAAGAAGCUCCUGCCGUCGGUCAUCCUUGCGAUGCUCCACGAGCAGGUGCCAGGCGUGUGUGCGACACCGAUCAAAUUCAUCGGCGGCGGCUUUCUCGCGGCGAAACCUGAGGAGACCUUCAUUUACGAAACCAACACGUAUCGAACGAGAGAAAUACUGCUGGGCGUCUGAGCUUACUAUGUUCUCUUGUAAGGGUCAUGAUUUGCCGAACGGUACUUCGUGUAUUUGCAUCGGAUGAAGAUUUAUGGGAGAAGAGAUUUGGUAUUUCUAUUUGUACAGACUGCCAUUUUCACCGGUACUGUGUCGUGCAUCUUGAUUCAAAAUCGGCGAUGCAGCACGGGGAAGGGCGGCUGGAGUACUUCAUGAAGCACUGCCGCCUAGCACCUGUCCUCACGGGACUCUCCCUAGGUGUAGUGUGUGCGCUCGCAACAAGACUAGGUAGUAAACGGCUCGCAGCAGUCCAAGGUUUUUCGACGAUAUUGCCAUGGGGGAGGUUUUCCAGUGGAUCAAAGGGGAGGUGGAGCGGCAACUCGCCACGCGCCAGACCACCAGGAACUAUGUAAUAUAAGGACGUCCCAAUCUCUGAGCUGAUUUGUCGUGCAGAUCUUACAUGUUGAGAACGGCGUCUCCCCAUAGCAGAAACGUGCUAGUCGUAGUCCUGUACAAAGGAGGGAAUCUGUAUAUGCUCGAACCACAAUAUGCAACUGGCUCUGUAUAUGGAAAAGACGACCAACCCGUCAGUACACUAUGAAUGUAUGAGGCCAGGUUUGUCGCUGAAAACGCGCCCAACUUCUGGAUCUGUUUCGUAAAGGUUGCACCUUGAUGGCUCUAUCGCGGGGACGUUCUUACACAGGAUAAAGCCAACGGAUUUUUUUUGUCGUAAGAUAUGAAAUUUCUGUUGUCUGAGUUGUUUUUUUUGUCUAUACAACGCAUGCUUUCAUUCUCUGUUGGAGUUGAACUUGUCGUGGAAAAGGAGUCAAGACAUAUAAUAAUCGCAACUGCUCAUAAUUCAGCGUGACGUGCCGCGGAGCGCCGUUUCUGUUCGACCCCAACACUAUCGGAGUUUUAUCAUUCUGGAAAGCGCACUGAUCUCUGAUUGAUCAUGCUUUCAUUCUGCUUUCUCUUAGUACUGCUUCUUUGGUAUGUAUGUGUACUUUUUGGUGUGAAUGUCACUGUCAGCGUAGUAAUCAUAGAUGGUACGACGAAUGUCGAUCACUUGGGUGUGAUCAAUCAGCUCCACCCGUCGGAUCCUCACGGAAGGCAUUACAGAGAAAGGGGCAACUUUUGUGAGUAUGUGAAUCUUGUGGGCAUUAGUGCGUUUCAUGUGGACACGACAACGCCCACCUGAAAACCGACCUGAGUCUGACCAUAAAGCAGCACAUGGAAAGGGAACGGCAGCUAGCACCGGUCGUCAGCAACUUUAGAGGGGGAAAGAUGCCGCCUAUCCUCAUCGUGUACUAAUUUGUUUUCUAUGAUCGAGGACCUUGAGCUUUUGCUUUUACUUUUCCUUGUAGAAACGCUAUUUUCAAGCCCAUCGCAUCAUAGUUUACACAUAUCCUACUUGUUAAAAAAGAAAAAAUAUUCAUGAUGAUAUACUUCGAGGAACCAUAACACAAACGAUCUCGAUCACGACUCGGGACCCACCGCUCAGGACGGACAGUCCACGUUCAUUUUCACAUUGACGAAAACAGGAAUCACAACGACUCGAUUGCCGCUGCUUUGGAAGGGGUGGCAGAGGAACUGCGCGCACCAGCCGGGAAGCGUAGGCGCGAGGAACCGGCCUAG